UGUACCGAGAGCUGAUGGUCACCAGGGUAGGUUCCCGGACCCUGCUUGGUCUCCACCGGGUCGGCUGCGAGGUACCGCCCGCCCGCGGGGCACAUUUCGGAGGGGCGCCUCCGCUGCGUCGGUCGCUGACAUGGAGCCAAGAAGCCCCGUUCUCCAGACCUGGACUGGCAUUUUCUUGUGUUGCUACGCGUUCGCCGCACAUGGAACACCACAGCAACUGAAUUCAGGGUGUGCUCACCAUUUUGACAAAGCAAGGAAUUGCUGCAAUGAGUGCCAAGCAGGCUUCCAUCUCUCAACUCCAUGUACGGCGGAGAAACCGGUUGAAUGCAGACCUUGCGGAGAAGGCGAGUACCUGGACCACAAUAAUUCUCAGACAGAAUGCUUGAAACAGGUGGAGUGUGAUGAAAUGAAGGGAUUUGAGGUUCUCCGUAUAGGAGAUGCAGUGACUGCUACGCAAUGCACAUGUAAGGCAAAUUACCACUGUGCGCAGGACUGUGAAUACUGCCUCAGGGACAACCCCUGCUUCCCGGGGUUUGAAGUGAAAGAAAAAGCAAACAGGAAAGCUGAUACUGAGUGCAGACCGUGUCCUCCAAUGCAUUUUUCAAAUGAGACGUCAUUUACGGUGAAGUGUGUGCAACGGACAAAUUGCACAGUCCUUGGACUAAUGGAGAAAGUGCCGGGCAACUCUACAGCUGAUGCUGUAUGCUUCGCAGUUGGUGCAUCAACAUCACUCAGUUCAGUGUUCUCCAUACAACGUGCCUUUAAUCCCAGGCCAUCUGCCAGUAUGCCAUUGGCAUUCCCAAGCAACUCACAGUUCACUAACUCUUGUGGUGAAGUUAGAAGGGACAAGGAGCAAGCGGAAAGGUCAAGUGGAGAACUCCAGAUGUAUUCAGCAUGA